AUGGCGUGCCAUGGAUUUCUCUUGAAACCGACCCCGAGAUCAUUUGGCCGUCAUAAACAUGGAAGGAGAAACAACCGGUAUCAACAUCACCGAACCAGAUGUUCGGCUGCAGCCGUUACAGCAGCUGGCUCCAUCUUCACAUCCCUCAACAUGUCCAUCUUCACAUUCCACAUCCGCCUCUGGCGUUGCGUCUCCAGGUUUUUCCGUAUAGCCACCACCACAUCUAGCUCUACUCCUAGCCGUCGAGCCACCAUGAAACAAGGCUACAAAAAGCUCAAGAAUCACGAGAAUCAGCCACACCGUAAUGACAUGAAAAGGACGAUCGUUCUUGAUCUCGAUGAAACAUUGGUGCACUCAUCGAUGGAGCCACCAGUCCGUGUCAACGUCGAUUUCAUGGUGAGGAUAAAGAUCGAAGGAGCGGUUAUACCGAUGUUUGUGGUGAAACGACCAGGAGUCGACGAGUUUCUUGAAAGGAUAAGCAAGAACUAUCGAGUUGCGGUUUUCACAGCAGGGUUGCCUGAAUAUGCUUCACAGGUUUUGGACAAACUUGACAAGAACCGUGUGAUCUCACAGAGGCUGUAUCGAGAUUCAUGCACAGAGAUUAGUGGGAGAUAUGCGAAAGACUUGUCUCUGGUGGCGAGGACAGACCUCGGGAGUGUUUUGCUAGUUGACGAUAACCCUUUCUCAUACUCGUUGCAGCCUGAUAAUGGAGUUCACAUUAAGCAAUUUGUGGAUGACAUGGAAGAUCAAGAACUGUUGAAGCUUGCGGAAUUCUUCGAUGGGUGUUAUCAGUAUGAAGACUUAAGGGAUGCAGCAGCAUCAGAACCUCUAUCAAACGAACUGAUUUGA